UUCUCUUUGGUAAUGUUAUGAUAUAAUUUUAAGUUUCAUAAAUUCACACAAAAAAAAUUAAGUUUUAACUUGAGAAUCUUUAAAAUUAGGAUUCAGGAUACCUGGAUAAAACGAAAAUUUAAAUUUAUUAUUAUAAGCGUUUUAGGAAACUAUUUGUUGUUGGCAAUUUUCCAUUUCCUGAUUCAUUUUCUAUAAUGAAUCAAAUGAAUAUGCAUGUUCCUAUGAACCCUGGCGGUCCUAUGGGUCCCGCAUCGAAUGUAGCCAUGCAACUGCCAGUAUCUGGACCAAUAAUGCAACAACCAUCUCCUCAACAAAUGCAGCCGGCUUUGUCCCAACAAACACAGCAAGAAAAACUGGACAAUAUCUCAAAAGUUAAAACUCUUAUGGGUUCUCUACGGGAGUCUUUACCAAUGACUUUGAAAUCAGCAGCUCAAAUACUACAUCAAAAUCACAAUGUAGAUUCAAAUACACAAAAAGGCGCCGAGAAUCCAGCUUCUAGGUUCGACAAAAACUUAGAGGAUUUCUUUUCCUUAUGUGACCAAAUGGAAUUACACUUGAGAACCGCGAUAACGUGCAUACAGCAGGCACAGUCAGCCGCUCACUACCUGCCUCUGACGGUGAUACCGACGAGGAUGGACUCCGGACCAAUCACACAAGAAACUACUCUCAGCUACCCGCAAUACUUGAACACAGUUCGUCUACAGAUAUCGUACGCUAAGGACAUACACGACACACUGGUCGCCGCGGCACAGAACAUAUCCCCAACCGAAUGAUAUAACGGUUACUAUCGCCAGCAUUCAUGGCAAGCGGACUCUUAAAACCGGGAAGGAGUAUUGCCGAUAGUCUCUCUCCCUCGCGCACCUGCAAGUGACUUCCCCAACCUUAAUUAUGUAUUAAGGAAAUAUAUUUAAUGUAUAAAUAAUAAAACCAUUAUUGAUUAUUAUAUUUUUAAUUUAAUAGCAAUAAAGUUUUACAUUAUA